GAGCCACGAUACAAUUCUACCAAAAUCAUCAGCUUUUUCUGCACUCAACACAAUUCAAUCACACAAUUCAAUAAUAAAACAAACCCACAAAUCACCCUCCAUCCUCAUUAUGUCUGCUGAUACAGUCCACGUCAAGAACAUCUCCUCGCAGACCAGCGAGAAGGAAGUCAAAGACUUCUUCAGCUUCUGUGGAAAGAUUAUCAGUCUUGAAGUUGGAUCCGUCGGAGAAACACAAAACGCCACCGUUCAAUUUGAGAAGGAAACCGCAGCCAAGACUGCUUUGUUACUCGAUAACACCCAACUUGGAUCUACACAAGUUAAGGUCACAAGUGCAUCUGGAUCCUACGAGGAUGAUGGAAGCCAUUAUACUUCCAAUGAACAACGUGAUAGCGACGAUAUUACCCAGGAGGAGAAGCCAAGAAGCCGCAUCAUCGCAGAAUAUCUUGCCCAUGGUUACACCAUUGGAGACACCGCUGCUCAACGCGCUAUCGACCUAGACCAAAAGCAUGGAGUAUCUAGCCGCUUCCUCGCCACCUUGAACAGUCUCGACAGCAAGUAUAAUGCCACUGAGAAGGCCAAGGGCGUUGACCAAUCUUAUGGUGUUAGCCAAAAGGCUAGCUCCCUCCUUUCUGGACUGACUUCUUAUUACGAGAAGGCCGCCGGAACACCAACUGGUCAAAAGCUUGUUAACUUCUACACACAAACCUCUCGCCAAGUCCAGGACAUCCACGCUGAGGCUCGUCGUUUGGCAGACAUCAAGAAGCAGGAAGGCCCACAAAAGGUUCCUGGUACCGAGAAGACAACUUGUAAGUGUGGUUCAGUUUCUGGAGAAUGUCCGUGUGCCCCUGGAUCCUGUGCAUGCAGCGACUGUGGCAAGUCCGAUGUCAAGAAGGUUCCAGGCUCUGAUAAAACAACUUGCGGUUGCGACGGUAACACCUCGAAAUGUGGCUGCGCUCCUGGUCAAUGCAGCUGCAACUCCUGUCCCAAGGCCGAAACGGAGAAGGUUGCUGGUAGCGACAAGACAACAUGCAAAUGUGGUGGAGACAGCAAAGACUGUCCCUGUGCGGAAGGUCAAUGUGCUUGCACUGGAUGUUGCAAAUAGAUCGAUUUCUUUAUGUUUAUUUCGUUUCUAGUCAUAAAAAUCAAAUUGUAUCAUUAGUUACCUGCUGACUUAGUUUGUUAACCAGCUGAUCCAGCAGCUGUUGUGGACUCAACCAAGGUUGCACCUCUCGAUUCUCAAUCUGAGAAGUCAUCCUUUGCAUGAGCGUUUUCGAUUUUUUAAUCUUUUCUAUGAAAGUGGCAAUUUUUGGGAUUGGUGUGAAUGGUUACAGAAAACGGAUAUUAGGGAUGAAUUAUCAGAUUAGGUUGGACGGUUGUUUGCAAGCGAUGCGUUGGGGAAUUAUGAAGGUUAAUGAUCAAUUUGCGAAUUAAAUAUCA